AUGGCUACAAACUGUAGUGCUGUGAGAAGUCAUUCAAAUCUGCUCCACACACAUUGUUAUUUGAACAUUCACAGAAGACUAUUAUCUCCUCCCUGCCCUCUACGAAGCAUCUCCAGGGCACCCAUUACGGUGAGGCCACUGUUUUCACCCUUCCAACCAGCGUUCAGGGCUUCCAAAGCUUAACAUCAUGUUUAUUACAUAACAACAAGACAUAAGCCAAAACAACUUGCUGCUGGGCUUUUAAAUAUAGCCGCAGCAAAAACUCUUUUCUGGGCUUGAGGAAAACCACUUCAAAUGUCUCCUAAUUUCAGCAAUUUUCUGGUCUAUAGAAUAAAAAGUCUAAAAAUGGCUCUGAAAGUGUUUAAGUGCGCACACAGCGAGCCCACCACUCUGCUGGCAGACAGUGACGCAAGGGGCGGCACGUGGAGAGGGAAGCUGAGUGCUCUUGGCUGUUGGCAUCUGCAGCAGCCUCUCCAGGGAGUAUUGCCUGUGCGGUAAACGCUCUCUGAGGAGAAAAAGGCAAAGUCCUGGACGGGAAGCCUUCAAAGUUGGUUCCACGGUAAUGUGACUCAGUGGCACAGAGCUUGUUCCUCCCUUUUGUUCCCUUUUCUAGUUGUGGGGACCCAGUUGUGUUCAUCUGGAGGGUUUAUUUAG